AUGAGUAAUUGUAACUGGUUGGGUUUUUCACUCUCGAGUAUUGAGGAUGGUUUUGGAGGUGGUGGCGGUGAUAAUGCAAGUUUUUCUUCUCAUAAUCAUCAUGACCAUAUUUCCGUCAUGCCUUUGCGUUUUGAUGGUUCUCUUUGUAUUGUUGAUGAUCCUUUCGUUAGACAUUCAGCCAAUUCUUCAGGCUGGACAUAUGAGAACCAUACAAUGUCUACUACAUCAACUACAACAGAAGGAGAUGAAGCUGGAGGACCAAAACUUGAAGAUCUCUUAGGAAGUUAUUCAAACUCAACUGAUCAUCAAACCAAUGAUGUUUAUAACUAUCAUCAUCAGCAGCAGCAUGAUCAAAACCAACAAACGUAUGGUGAUAAUGGGUGUAGAAUCAACAUGAACAUACCUCCACCAACUUCAACUUUCAUGAAAGGAGAUAUAGAUGAUAAUAUUACGAACCCAUAUCUCAACUACAAUUUUCAACAGCACUACAAUAUCAACUCAAACUCGAACACGACUACCAUUUACCAUCACCAUCAUCCUCAAGUUCCUCUUGAAAAUGCAACUUCAAUCUCAGGGUUUAAGAAUUGGUUGAGACAAGGUGCACCAUUUCCAAAUGACAAGUCUUUGGUUAUUGUUGACCCUAUUAAUACCCACAACCCUAUGCAUCAAAACUCUUCACUUUCUCUAUCUAUGAACCCCGUUUCAUCAUCAGAAGCUAAUAAUCCUAAUGGUAAUGCAUUAUGUGUCCAACAACAACAACAACAACAACAAUCGGCAUCAACUAGGAAACGUUCAACAAUUGGCAAAAAUGGUGGUGUUGUUAGAGAACCAGUUCCAAGGAAAUCACUUGAUACUUUUGGUCAAAGAACUUCUCAAUACCGUGGUGUUACUAGACAUAGAUGGACAGGAAGAUAUGAAGCCCAUUUGUGGGAUAAUAGUUGUAGAAAAGAAGGUCAAACCAGAAAAGGAAGACAAGUGUAUCUUGGUGGAUAUGAUAAGGAGGAUAAAGCAGCCAAGGCUUAUGAUUUAGCUGCAUUGAAGUAUUGGGGUCCUACUACUCAUAUCAAUUUUCCACUAUCUGUCUAUGAGAAAGAACUUGAAGAAAUGAAGCACAUGAAUAGACAGGAAUUUGUUGCCAGCUUAAGAAGAAAAAGCAGUGGUUUCUCAAGGGGUGCAUCAAUGUACAGAGGAGUGACUAGACACCAUCAACAUGGAAGAUGGCAAGCUAGAAUUGGGAGGGUUGCAGGCAACAAGGACUUGUAUCUUGGAACUUUCAGUACACAAGAGGAAGCAGCGGAGGCUUAUGAUAUUGCUGCAAUUAAGUUCCGAGGUGUAAGUGCAGUGACAAAUUUCGAUAUCAGUAAGUACGACGUUAAACGUAUAUGUGCAAGUUCAACUCUGAUUGGUGGUGAUCUUGCGAAACGUCCGUCGCCUCAGAACUCUUCAUCUUCUGUUGCUGCCAUUGAAAACGAGCCAGUUGUGGUUCCUAAUCUGGCUAUUGCAAAUGCUGAGCAGCCAAGUGAUGAAUUUGCUACUAUAAUGUGGUCAAACAGCUCUUCUGAAGAACAGAAUCAGAUACCAAAUGAACCCAAUACUUCGGUUCGUUCCAUGAGCAUGAGUAACCAAAAUUCGUCGAACCAAGGUAGUCCUAAAAGCAGUUCAGUUGUUUCGCAAAGUGAUCAGUAUGAUCAUACAAUGGGUGGAGGAGAUUAUUCAUCUCAGUUUACAAUGAACUCAGCAGCUGAAAGCGGACCUACUAGUGUUGAUCAAGUCUCGGCCAAUUGGACUACAGCAGGACGGGAAUCGCCUAACAUAUCAGUUCAUCAUCAGUUGCCAAUGUUUGCAUUAUGGAAUGAGUGA